AAAAAGUGUUGGGUUAAAGAGUGUUCGUUUGCAGGAUCAAAGGGUGACGUGAACCUCCAUCUGAAAGAUGUGCACAAGUUCGUCGAGUGCACCGAGGCUGCUUGCGAGUAUGUGGGACCCAACAAGGAUGCGAUUUAUAGUCAUGGGAGACACUUUCACACGGGAAAAAUGAAGUGCACUUUCGCUGGUUGCGAUUGGGAGGGAACAACAGGUUAUUUUACUGAUUAUCAUAAAGACCAACAUGGUCCGAUAUACAAGUGCCCAGAACGCAAUUGCCCCUUCAAGCAGAGCCCAACACUCCUAGCUAUCCAUGUACGAUAUAAACACAGGAGGGCCGAUUUCACGGUGGAAUUGGCGAGGAAGUGCGGGGUAGUUGAGCAAGCGAACAAUGAUGGAGAGUCGGAAAGGGGUAUCUCUGAUGAUGCAGACGAUGCGCACGCCGCGGACGAUGACAUGGAUUCGGGU